GUAAAAGUCACAUCACAGAGGUGCACAGUGCCAGUCAGACAGUCGUGCUCAACCCCUUCCUCUCUGAAACCAGGCUUGCAUAAUAUAUAAGCUACCAGACGUCUCCGUUGACGAGUUAAGUAAGGUCAAGCAAUCGAUCAACCAAUUUUGAUUUGAUCUGUUAUAUAAUUGCUUUGAUCUCUUCCGAGUUUGUGCUCCUGUGAAUCUAAUUUUUACGGAUAUGUCAAAACCCUCGUCUUCUAAAGUAAUUCUCCUUAGGUAUCUUCAUCAUCGCCAUUCAAAGCCCUUGUCGCUACCCAACCCCCCAAUUUCAUCGACUCCCAUUUCUCAAAUUAUCUCUCGGAACCCUAAACUAAACCCAUGGAUUCCAUCAUGUCGCUUACCCAGCUUAUUGCCCUCUUCAGUGUCGAAAAUUUCCCAAAAUCCAUCUCAUAAACUAUCCGUGGAAACCAAUUUGACCCGGAAUUUCCUUGGGUUCAGGUACAUCUCCACUGGGAGUUCGAAUCUGGGUGGUAAAUUGGAUGUGAAUUUGUUGAAGAGCAAGAUUAAAGAACCCGGUACAGCAGUUAAGAAUGCGUUUUCUAGGUAUAAGCAUGCUGUUGGAUUGCAGAUGGAGGCGUUUUGGAGGAGGAACAGCAUGGUUUUGUGGGGUGCUGGUGGGGUUUUGGUUUGUAUUUUGCUUUGGAGGAUUAUGUUUGGGAUCGCAAAUACUUUUAUUGGGUUAUCCGAGGGUAUGGCCAAGUAUGGUUUUCUUGCUCUUUCCUCAGCUAUCGUCGCAUUUACUGGGUUGUAUCUGCGAUCAAGAUUCACUAUAAACCCUGACAAAGUCUAUAGAAUGGCAAUGAGAAAACUGAACACAUCAGCUGACAUUCUUGAGAUCAUGGGUGCUCCACUCACUGGAACAGAUCUAAGAGCAUAUGUUAUGUCAGGAGGCGGUGUCACACUAAAAAACUUCAAAGCAGCUCUCAGGAGCAAACGAUGUUUUCUUAUUUUUCCAAUACGAGGGGCAGAGAUGAAAGGCUUAGUUAGUGUUGAAGUCAAGAACAAAAGUGGCCAGUAUGAUAUGAAGUUGCUAUCGGUUGACAUUCCAAUGGCAACGGGACCCGAUCAGCGUCUAUACCUGAUUGGAGAUGAAGAAGAAUACAGGGUGGGUGGUGGGUUGAUAUCCGAACUAAGAGACCCUGUUGUGAAAGCCAUGGCAGCAGCCAAGGAGUUUGAAGCUCGUGACAUUAAAGAGGACAAAGAAGAUGCAGAAAGAGAACUUGAAGAGGCAGAAAGAAAACAUCGGGAAGAAGUUGAAAAGAUUCAAAGAGAGGCUUCAUAGUCAUCCCUUUUUGCAUCACGUAUUGAUUGUUGUUUCUUGGUUUUAGUUUUAGAAUGAGCUGUUCUUCUGUUCAUACCCUUGUAAAACCGUGACAAAGCCCGAAUCUAAAUUGAAAGAAUAUGUCAGUAUUUUGGGUUAAAAGGUUUGCCCAAGUAGCUGAAAUGGGC